AUGCAGCUGGACCGACCGGAGGAGAUGGCGCGUGUCACGGCGGCGGGCGGUGUGGUGUUCAACUACGGCGGGGUGCUCCGCGUGCAGGGGAUCCUUGCCAAGACGCGCGCGCUAGGGCACACGCUCCUCAAGCCUGAAGUGAUAUGUGAGCCAGAAAUUACCAUAACUGCGAGGUCGGAGGAUGAUGAUUUCAUGAUCCUUGCAAGCGAUGGAUUGUGGGAUGUGAUGUCAAACACGGUGGCCUGCAGCGAAACCUGGAAAUGCUUAGAAGAUAAGAGCACCAAUGUUGGCACAAUGGUAGGCCGCGAAGAAGAGGUUCGGUGUAUAUGCGCUGCAUUCCACCUCACGGAUCUCGCCUUCCGUAUGCAUAGCCGAGAUGACAUCUGUGUGGUUGUGAUUGUUCUAAAGAUGAGGGGUUAGCUACAAAGAUCAGAUCACCAUCUCUACAAGUUACAAAUUUGACCUGAUAGGAAUUCAGAUCUAUGCAAUCAUGGCAAAGCUGUGUUGAUUGGGAUCUUAGCUCUCUAGCUAGUCGGUUGGUUUUAUUCAAUAAAAAGAGUCUGCAGAAUAACUGGUAAUAUGGAUGGAUAAAUAAUUGCCAUGGAUUGAAAAUAGAGUGUGAUUGUGUGGAA